CGUCUGCGGAGCCGGAAGGUCCGGGCCGCGUUCGGCUGGGGUUCAGCGGCGCCCGGGUCAUGUCGGCCCAGGGGGACUGCGAGUUCCUGGUGCAGCGGGCCCGGGAGCUGGUGCCCCAGGACCUGUGGGCGGCCAAGGCUUGGCUGAUCACGGCCCGCAGCCUCUACCCGGCGGACUUUAACAUCCAGUAUGAGAUGUACACCAUCGAGCGGAACGCGGAGCGGACUGCCACCGCCGGGAGACUGCUGUACGACAUGUUUGUGAGUUUCCCAGAUCAGCCGGUGGUGUGGAGAGAAAUCAGCAUUAUUACAUCAGCAUUAAGGAAUGAUUCACAGGAUAAACAAACACAGUUUCUAAGAAGUUUAUUUGAAACUCUUCCUGGUCGGGUCCAGUGCGAAAUGUUACUGAAGGUCACAGAACAGUGCUUCAACACACUGGAACGGUCAGAAAUGUUGCUUUUACUUUUGAGGCGCUUCCCUGAAACCGUGGUGCAACAUGGGGUUGGCCUUGGGGAGGCACUGUUAGAGGCUGAAACUAUUGAAGAGCAAGAAUCUCCUGUUAACUGCUUUAGAAAAUUAUUUGUUUGUGAUGUCCUUCCUCUAAUAAUUAACAACCAUGAUGUUCGGUUACCUGCCAAUUUAUUGUAUAAAUAUUUGAACAAAGCAGCUGAAUUUUAUAUCAGUUACGUCACUAGGUCUACUCAGACAGAAAAUCAGCAUCAGGGUGCCCAAGAUACAUCUGAUUUAAUGUCGCCUAGCAAACGUAGCUCUCAGAAGUACGUAAUAGAAGGACUGACUGAAAAAUCAUCCCAGAUCGUGGACCCUUGGGAGAGGUUGUUUAAGAUUUUGAAUGUUGUUGGAAUGAGAUGUGAGUGGCAGAUGGAUAAAGGAAGACGUACAGGAUGGAGUUCAGAUGAUGAAGACUAUUCUGCAAAAGGAAGAAAUCGUCACAUUGUCGUCAAUAAAGCAGAACUUUCUAACUCUAUUGAGGUGUUAGAAAGCUUUAAACUGGCCAGGGAGAGCUGGGAGUUGCUCUAUUCCCUAGAAUUCCUUGAUAAAGAAUUUACAAGAAUUUGCUUGGCAUGGAAGACGGAUACUUGGCUUUGGUUAAGAAUCUUCCUCACUGAUAUGAUCAUCUAUCAGGGUCAAUAUAAAAAGGCAAUAGUCAGCCUGCAUCAUUUAGCAGCUCUCCAGGGGUCACUUUCUCAGCCACAGAUCACGGGACAGGGGACCUUGGAGCAUCAGAGGGCACUCAUCCAGCUGGCGACUUGUCACUUUGCUCUAGGGGAGUACAGAAUGACAUGUGAGAAAGUCCUUGACUUGAUGUGCUACAUGGUACUACCCAUUCAAGAUGGAGGCAAAUCGCAGGAUGAACCCUCAAAAAUAAAGCCCAAAUUUAGAAAAGGUUCAGAUCUGAAGCUUCUGCCUUGUACCAGUAAGGCUAUUAUGCCAUACUGCCUGCAUUUAAUGUUAGCCUGUUUUAAGCUUAGGGCUUUCACAGACAACAGAGAUGACAUGGCACUGGGGCACGUGAUCGUACUGCUUCAGCAAGAGUGGCCACGAGGAGAGAAUCUUUUCCUGAAAGCUGUCAAUAAGAUUUGCCAACAAGGAAACUUCCAAUAUGAGAAUUUUUUCAAUUAUGUUACAAAUAUUGAUAUGCUGGAGGAAUUUGCCUACUUAAGAACUCAGGAAGGUGGAAAAAUUCAUCUGGAAUUACUGCCCAAUCAAGGAAUGCUGAUCAAGCCUUCUAGCCCUCCCAUGGGGUUGCUGCAGCAGGAAUUCUUACCUGUGCUUCAGCCCAGCAUACAGACUGCUGACAGGCACCACACGGUAACUCGGGGCAUCACCAAAGGCGUGAAGGAGGACUUCCGUCUGGCCAUGGAGCGCCAGGUCUCCCGCUGUGGUGAGAACUUGACGGUGGUGCUACACAGGUUCUGCGUUAAUGAGAAGAUCUUGCUCCUGCAGACUCUGACUUGACUGGAGACCUUUCUGCCAGAGCCAGUGUGUAGCUGUGUAAUUUGGGGGAAGACAUACAGCAGUGACAAAUGUCCCUCUAACAGCUCUUAAAAGGAGAAAAAAAGCCACCUGAAUUCUAACUCCUUGGUUGCUUAAAAGUAGUUCCCAGGAGCCUGAAAACCAAUUUCUAUUUUUAAGAGUUGUUUUUUGUAAUCUUUGUAAGACAAAAGAAUCAACCCGUUUUGUAAAUAAAAAUCAUCCUAAAAUUUGAA